AUGUCGGCAGCCCCGAGCAACCGGGGAACCAAAGUUGGCGCGAAGCUGGCUAGCCCUAACCCACAAGUCCAACCGAAUUUCGUGGACUAUGAAACUCUGCUCUUGCCUCCCCUGGGCCGCGCUUCGCCAGCCAUCCUCGACCAUCCUGAUCACCCAGGCCACCCUCCGAGUCGGGCGCACUCUUGCCAGACCAAAGACCGCGGCUCGUCAUUCAUACUUUCAGGUCCCACACUCGCUGUGGUCGUCCUUUCUUUCGUGACUGGGUUAAGCUUCAAAUGGAUUGUCAUGCUACUCUUGACCGGACUCGUAGAUCAAACAGAUCGGUCCGAAGACAUCGAGCCGCCUCGACGAGGACCUUUCGCUCCUACAAGUUACCCGGUCGAUUUGUUGCAACAUGCUAGUUGA